AUGCCUCUCACUGGAGUGAAUAAUGUGGUGCUGGUCCUCUCCGGCAAAGGAGGCGUGGGGAAAUCCUCCGUCACACUCCAACUCGCCCUCGCGCUCUCGCUCCAAGGCAAAUCUGUUGGAAUCCUCGACAUCGACCUGACAGGACCUUCAAUGCCACGCCUAGUCGGACUCGAAGAUGCAAAGAUCACACAAGCGCCGGGCGGAUGGAUGCCGGUGCCGGUCCACGGCGCUGAAUCCGCAGCUGAAACCGACGCCUCAGCGCCCUCAACACAACCCCAACGCGGUUCUCUCCGCUGCAUGUCCCUAGGCUUCCUCCUCCGCGAUCGCGGCGACGCCGUAAUCUGGCGUGGACCAAAAAAAACGGCCAUGAUCCGCCAAUUCCUCUCAGAUGUCUUCUGGGGCCCGACUGAUUACCUGCUCAUCGAUACGCCUCCCGGAACGAGUGAUGAGCACAUUGCGCUGGCUGAGCAGCUGCUCACACUCUCCACCACAGAUGCAGCGGCAGCUGCGCAAGCAGGCUUGCCUCGACUUGCUGGUGCAGUCCUUGUUACGACACCACAGGCUGUAGCCACCUCAGAUGUGCGCAAAGAGGCGAACUUCUGCGUUAAAACUAAUAUUCCUGUGCUUGGGGUUAUCGAGAAUAUGUCUGGUGGAGGAGGACAGGUGAUGGCCCAGGAAUUAAAGCUUCCAUUUAUGGGCAGCGUGCCUGUUGAUGUAAAGUUUGGAGAAUUGGUUGAAGGAAAGAUGGAAGCUGCGGAUAGUGACGAGGAGGAUGAGGAGGAGAUUGCAGAGAGUCAACCACAAGAUACUUCAGCUGAGCCUGAUGAUCGGCCGCUAGUUGAACGAUACCGGGAUACCUGGUCUUAUCCUCGAUUCGAGGGAUUUGCGCAGACCCUUAUAACCGCCAUUGAGGGCCCGGCUGCCGUAUAG